CACUCUGCCUAUAUAAAUGGGGCAUUGAGCACAAAUAGAUGGUGAGAUAUAUAUAUAUAUAACUCAAUUCCCUUUUCAAAAGUACGACCAAAAUGGAGGCCAAAGUUCACCAUCUUUUGCUACUUGCAAUAUCAAUACUUGCAACGCAGCUGCUUUCUUCUUCUCCUUCUCCCAAUACAAAAAAGUUUCAUUUCAAUGUAGAGUGGAAGAAUAUAACAAGACUUUGCCAUUCAAAGUUGGUAUUAACGGUGAAUGGGAAGUUUCCUGGGCCAACCAUAGCUGUGAAUGAAGGUGACAAUGUCCAUGUUACUGUCACUAACAAGGUUGCAAGAAACACUACUAUCCAUUGGCACGGAGUGAGGCAGUUGCGAAGCGCGUGGGCAGACGGGCCGGCGUACAUAACGCAGUGCCCGAUCGGAGCGGGCAAGGCAUACACAUACAAGUUCAGCGUGGUGGAUCAAAGGGGCACACUGUGGUGGCACGCUCACUUCUCAUGGCAACGUGCUUCUGUUUAUGGGGCUUUUAUCAUUCAACCCACCACGCCUUUCCCCUUCUCUCUCCCUCUCUACACUCCCAACAUUCCUCUCAUCUUUGGAGAAUGGUGGAAUGAAGAUGUAGAAUUAGUAGAAAAUGAAAUGAUGUUGUAUGGUGGCGGACCUAAAUCCUCCGAUGCUUACACCAUCAAUGGCUUACCAGGUCCCUCAUACCCUUGUUCCACCAAAGAUACCUUCGUCCAAACCAUCGUUCCCGGAAAAACUUACCUACUAAGGAUCAUCAACGCCGCACUAAACGAUGAGCUCUUCUUCGCUGUGGCCAACCACACCCUCACCGUAGUCGAGAUCGACGGCGUCUACACGAAGCCCUUCGCCACGCCGGCGAUCAUGAUCGCCCCCGGCCAAACCACCAACGUCUUACUCACAGCCGAUCAAUCCCCUCAUCCCACAGCCAUGUUCACAAUGGCAGCAAGGCCUUACCUCACCUCAGUCUUCCCUUUCAACAACUCCACCACAAUAGCAUUCUUGAAAUACCAAAACCAAAACCCUCAAAACCUAAUCCCACCUAAUUACUCUCUCCCUCAAAACCUACCAAAUCUAGAAGACACCCUCUUCGCCACACACUUCCUAAACAACCUAAGAAGCCUAGCAUCGAAAGAAUUCCCCUGCAAUGUCCCUAAAACCGUCGAUAAAAGCGUGGUCGUGACCAUCAGCCUAAACCUCCAAGACUGCCCUGCAAAUGAAACCUGUAGAGGGUUCCAAAACAAGAGGUUUUUCGCCUCAAUGAACAACCAAUCCUUCAUACGCCCUUCCACAUCCAUUCUUGAAUCCCAUUACCACAACUUGAACGUCGGAUUCUCCCCCGAUUUCCCGGAGAAGCCGCCCUUCGCCUUCAACUACACGGGGGUGAGCCCCGUGGUGGAGAACAUGAGCCCUAGCUUCGGCACGAGGGUGCUGCGGUUGCCGUACGGGACGAGGCUGGAGAUAGUGCUGCAGGACACCAACUUCUUGAACCCUGAGAACCACCCCAUCCAUGUGCAUGGCCACAAUUUCUUUAUUGUGGGGAGAGGGUUUGGGAACUUCAACGCCGCAGAGGAUCCGCUGGGGUACAACCUGGUGGACCCGCCGGAGAGGAACACGGUGGCGGUCCCGGUGGGUGGGUGGGCGGCGAUACGAAUGGUGGCGGACAAUCCUGGGGUGUGGUUUGUGCAUUGCCACCUUGAGGAGCAUACUUCGUGGGGUUUGGCAGUGGCGUUGGUUGUGGAAAAUGGGAGGGAACCGUCACAGUGUUUGCUGCCGCCUCCUAAUGAUCUACCUCCAUGCUCAGUCUAACCUUAAUUUGUGAGAUUUUUACAUUAUUUGUGAUCAUAUCAUCAUAUUGUUUUGAUAGAUUAUAUAGGUUUUCUCAUUUGAUUUGUGACAUAGUUACUUCGGUGUAAUUCAUGGAAAUUCGUAGUCGAUGUGCGCUAGGUAAAUUCAAAUAGUAGUUUUCAAUUUUAUUUUGUUUGGUUGAGAGUUUUGGAGGUGUGGCAGAGUUGUACUUCUUGCUAUUAGUUUUAGCCAAGUGCAUCUGAUGAUUUCUUCGAAAACUUUUAUUGACUUGUAGAUGCUGAAUAAACGUGUGAGGACUUACGCUAUAAUUGUGCAUUAUGUACAAUUUAUUCUUUGUUUUAAA